UUCACAGGCUUAUUCUCAAAUUGCUCUGUGGCUGCCGCGCGCUCAAGUGAAAGCAAACCUGUUCGUCCAAGACCGGUCGCUCACGACACAAUGCGCGUUUGUUCGAUUUAUGUUACUCUGGCUCUUGGAUUAGGAGGUUUUGCGCAAGACGUGUCCCAGACAAACAGAGUGUUUUCUACUCGUCGCUGGACUGAUGGUGUUGUAAAGGGGAAGGUACUGUACCGCGCACUCCCCCUUCAUCACUUUUUUACUACACUGUCUCCAAUUUUACGCUCCAGGGGAAUCCUCCCCUUCUUGACAGAUGUUGCCGGAGAGCAUUUUCUACCCGCAACUUAGAAGAGUGCAGCUCAAAUGUUACCAAAGGGACACAUAGUCUGGUGUAGUUUAGCAGGCAGAGUGCGUCUAGAUAAUCUCCGUUUACACUGGCCUUUACUCUUGAAGAUACCCAAGAGUUCGAGUUGUGUCGGCUGUGCGUCAUCCAUUCCUGAUUAGACUCGUAGUCUGACGUCGCUGAGCACCAUACAAGCAAAACGCAUUAUACAUUUUUGAAAAUCCGAAAUGAUUUUUUUUUUUUCGAAACACAUCCGGAAUGACGAAAACACUUUUACAUAAAGACGAGGAUCAACAAGUUGCCGUCAGUGCGUAAUUUCCAUCUGUGCGGGGCUCAGGCGUAAUCCGCCACACACGUGAUUGACAAAUCACUUCUGCUGCGAAUAUUUCUCAUUUGUCAAAAGAAAUAAGAUCCGGAUUGUCCGUGGAGUCGCAUCUUUACUGGACACGGCAGGAAUCAAGAGCUGACCGGCUCCAUGCCUCGCUGCUCCUCCAGAUGCUUGGCUGGUCACCACAUGGUAACUUUGCGCACACAGCACGUUGGAAACGGCACAUUUAGAGAAAGGAUCUGAAUGAAUGGGACUGAGAUUUAUUCGCAUUUCUCCUCUCGCCUCCCCCAGACUGUUAUAUGUGUUUUAUAUCCUGCCGGUUGAAGGUGUCUCAAAUUAUCAGCAGAUAUCGAUUCAGCGGUGGAUAGAUCCAUCAUCGGAACAGGGAGCAGCAAAUGUCGAAGAAACGGAAAAGUCCUGAUGACCAGGACUUCGAGGAAUCUCCGUCUGCAGGAAGUAGCGACCAAGGCUUGACAGAUGAGAAAGUGAAGGCCUACCUCUCGCUGCACCCGCAGAUGCUGGACGACUUCGUGUUGGAAAGUGUGAGUGCAGAGACGUUGGACAGAUGGCUGAAGAGGAAGACCAGCAGCAGGCCUGCAGAUGACACAUCAGCUAAAGAAGUCAGCAGGCAGUACCAGGACACAAAUAUGCAGGGUGUGGUGUACGAACUCAACAGCUACAUGGAGCAGCGCUUGGACACUGGAGGAGACAACAAACUCCUGCUCUAUGAGUUGUGCAACAUCAUCAAAACAGCAACAAAAGCUGAUGGAUUUGCACUUUACUUCUUGGGAGAAUGCAACAAUAGUUUAUGUUUAUUCACUCCAACGGGCGCCAAGGAUGGUCCUCCAAGCCUCAUCCCCUCUGGCCCCAUCGCAUUUGGGACAACCAUUGCCGCUCAUGUUGCCAAGACUCGCAAAACACUGCUAGUAGAGGACAUCAUGGGGGACGAGCGAUUCCCCAACGGCACAGGGCAGGACUCAGGGAUCCAUGUUCACUCUGUCCUGUGCCUCCCCAUCCUCACUGCCGUCGGGGACCUCAUUGCCAUCCUGGAGCUUCAUCGGCACUGGGGCAAGGAGCCCUUCAACCUCAGCCACCAGGAGGUUGCGACAGCUAAUUUAGCGUGGGCAUCAGUUGCCAUUCAUCAAGUACAGGUGUGCAGAGGCCUCGCCAAACAGACUGAACUCAAUGACUUCCUUCUAGAUGUGUCAAAAACAUACUUUGAUAACAUUGUGGCAAUAGAUUCUCUACUUGAACAUAUUAUGAUAUAUGCAAAAAACCUGGUGAAUGCAGACAGGUGCGCACUCUUCCAGGUAGAUCACAACAACAAAGAACUGUACUCUGACCUGUUUGACAUUGGGGAGGAGAAGGAAGGCAAACCUGUCUUUAGGAAAACCAAAGAAAUUAGGUUUUCGAUAGACAAGGGAAUAGCCGGCCAAGUGGCUCGGACAGGGGAAGUCUUAAAUAUCCCAGAUGCCUAUGCAGACCCACGGUUCAACCGAGAGGUGGACCUCAAAACUGGCUACACCACACGGAACAUCCUGUGCAUGCCCAUCGUGAGCAGGGGGUCCGUCAUAGGUGUGGUGCAGAUGGUUAACAAGCUAAGCGGAAGUGCCUUCACUAAAACAGAUGAGAACAACUUUAAGAUGUUUGCUGUCUUUUGUGCUCUGGCCUUACACUGUGCAAAUAUGUACCACAGGAUCCGGCACUCUGAAUGCAUUUACAGGGUGACCAUGGAAAAACUGUCUUAUCACAGCAUCUGCACGUCUGAAGAAUGGAAGACCCUUACCCAGCUCAACCUCCCUGCACCCAUUUAUAAAGAAAUCGAAACGUUCCACUUUGACAUUAAUCCCUUUGAGGAGAUCUGGCCUGCUGUCUUUAUCUACAUGGUUCAUAACUCCUGUGGAAAGACCAGCUUUGAGCUGGAGAAGCUUUGCAGGUUCACCAUGUCCGUACGGAAGAACUACCGCCGUGUGCCAUACCACAACUGGAAGCACGCUGUGACCGUGGCGCACUGUAUGUACGCUAUCCUCCAGAAAACCUCUGGGAUCUUCACAGAGCUAGAGAAGAAGGGUUUGUUGAUAGCGUGUCUGUGCCAUGAUCUGGACCAUCGGGGCUACAGCAAUACAUACCUGCAGAAGUUUGAUCAUCCACUGGCUGCUCUGUACUCCACCUCCACCAUGGAGCAGCACCACUUCUCUCAGACCGUCUCCAUCCUGCAGGAAGGGCACAAUAUUUUCUCCAACCUGAAUUCCAGCGAGUACGAGCAGGUGCUUGAGAUCAUCCGGAAGGCAAUCAUAGCCACGGACCUCGCCCUGUACUUCAACAACCACCAGCAGCUGUCGGAGCUGCUGACCUUGGGUGCACUGGACUUAAACAACCACUCGCACAGGUCAGGACGCGAUUCACACUGGGACCGUGUGAUUGGUCUGAUGAUGACAGCAUGUGACCUGUGUUCUGUUACCAAGCAAUGGCAAAUCACACGACUCACAGCCAACGACAUUUAUGCUGAGUUCUGGGCUGAGGGAGAUGAGAUGAAGAAGAUCGGGUUGCAGCCGAUCCCAAUGAUGGACAGAGACAAGAAGGACGAGGUUCCCCAAGGCCAAGUGGGAUUCUACAAUGCUGUUGCAGUUCCGUGUUACACCACACUAGCGAAGCUUUUCCCUCCGUCAAGUCCUCUUUUAAAAGCCUGCAAGGAGAACCUGGGCCAGUGGGAGAAGAUAGCACGGGGAGAGGUGGAGGACGUCGUUCCCCGUCGGCCUUGUGAUCCGGGCCCCGUCAAGGUGGACAACUGACUACCAAAGGGGUCACCGGCCCACCAAAGGAACACAGCCUGAAUCCUGCCGCGGACCUGGAACUUUAAAGGGGCAAAAAGCCAGGUCCUGUGUGAGCGGGAGACGGAUUAGCUAAAGGCGACUCUGAAAACACACAGUUACCUCAUUGGGUGACGGAGGUGUCAACACUGACGGUUUCACCGAUCCCAGAGACUGACAGACAGUCGUUGGGGAGGGACUUCAGCCCAUCACCCUGCGUCCACUCAGCUUGGGAAUUCAUUUGUUAGAAUGGACUUGGUUGUUUUAUUUUGGCUGUUUUAUGUGAUUUUAUGUUUUUUUUUUUUUUUCUUGAUUUGGCUGAUUCCAUUAUGGUCUUGUAUUUGCAGAGGCCUUACUCUGAACCUUUCACAGGCUAUGAUAUAUGAGAUCUUGUUAUCAGUUCAGGCUUUUUUUGAAAUGGUACUGUUAGCCUUCUGUGGUAGGUUUAUCGUACACGCACUACUUCAGCAAGGUAUUCCCAGAGACAGAAGGAAUGUGUAGAGCAGAUGUAUGGCGUAAUGCCACCUCGUUGAGAAGGUGGACAUCAGAAUGUUUUUAAUUACUUUUUGAGCAAAAAUCCUUUGCAGUACUUGAAUACAGACAUACAGCCUAUUCUAUGUGGAGAUUUCAGAAAUACCCCCCCCCCCCCGCAUCAUAUUCCACAAACAUGAAUGAACUGUGAUGAGAGGAGAUAAUGUCAACACUUGUGAGUACAGUCACAAGAGAGUCACAAUGCUCCAGCCUGAAGUGGACCCCACAGCCCCUCAACCCCAAGCAUUUAGGAACCUGCCGCAUUAACAUCAACAGGAUCUGACCUUGGGUCAGCAGUCAUAGUGUUUGUAGGGAGGAGAAACAGAGCAAGAUACAUCAGCUCUAGUCAUUUAUAGUAAGCCAAGACUGCAUACUACUUAUUUUAAUUUUACACUUUUAAGUUUUUCACACCACUAUCACUUCAUAAAUUAUUUUUUUCAACAAGUUCAAUAAAAGGUGGUGGCAGGAAGACGUAGUAGCCGAUCGUCUGGCUUGUUUUCUGGUGUUCUUGCGGGUUUAAAGACGCUGAAGUCAACAAUAAACAACAGCACGACUUCUCAUUUCCCUGUAACGUCAAACCUGUUAAGCUAAAGUAGAAUACGUCUUUCUCUGGGAUUGCAACUCAAGAAUGUUGAGUGCUGACUUUUAGCUGGUGCGUGACUGAAGUUUCCCCUGAUAUCCAAUAUCAACCUGUCGAAGCAAAUAAAUUAUCCCCCUUUUUCGUUCAUGCUCCAACAUCGCGCUAGAGGGGGUGGGGUACAUUUGGACUCUUUCAAGUGAGUUUCCAGGAUCUUCCAAAACGACAAAACUAUUUUGUCUGAAACUGUCAUUCCAGUGGACAACGUCCCUCCAUUGCCGCUCAAAUAAUUUGUUGUGCGACUGGUACUGUGGCCCCCCCCGGUGUUGUGAAUGUACAUUCUGAUGAAUGUUUAGUUGGCUGCGGAUUCUCUGUGGUGGAACGUGCGCCAUCGUUUUUUUUUGCACGGUGUGCUCCGUCUUACUUUCCAGAACUGCUUCCAGUAAGCUUCAACCAAGAGCAACAAUUAGCAUGCACCGAAACUGAAGAUUAGAUAUAAUUUUUGCAUAAUACGAUUAUAGGUGUAUACUGUGUACAACCUAGGAAUUAGUUUGUACUGACUGAGACGUAUGCUCUGAUGGUGCUAAGCUGAACGGCAGUCGCGCACUUUCUGACUGGGUGUGUUUCUUUCCGUGUGCGUGUGUGUGCACGUGUGUGUAUGCGAGUCUGAGAGAAAGAGAGAGAAAGCUUUCCCCACUCCAACCCCACCUGACAACAUGGUAAAGUCACUGCACUGUCCCUUCUACUUUUCAGCACCAGUUAUAUCCCAUUGUCUGCACUAUGUUUAGCUUAUGAUCUUUAUCAUUAUUAUUAUUAUUAUUAUUAUUAUUAUUAUUAUUGCUAUUAUUACUAUUGUUAUUUUCUUAAUUAGAGUUAAAUUUAAAUUAACUUAUAUUUUUUAUACAAAGAAAAAUAAUGUUGGCCUUUUUGUUUUGUACAAAGUAAACAUUAAGAUAAAUUAAAAAAAAAAAAAAAAAAGGAAGUCUAGACAUGUUACUGUUACCCAGGAUAACUGAGGAAUGUCUCAACUGUAAAUUUAAGAGCAGUAGCCCAAAUGACUUUUAUUAAAUAUCUGAAAAAAUG